GAAAGAGGGAGGAUGACAAAAAGCCAGCCAUUUUCUUUUCUUCUUCAGCUUCAAGCACACACUACUCGUGCUUCCAGACGCUCGUGGGACACGGAGAAGUUAAAGAAGAAAUAAUAAUAAAUUAAUACUCUAACUCAUCAAACAAUCAAACAAAAGUGUAGAACCGAAUCUGCACCUCCGGUGAUUCGCCUUCUGGGAGCUCCAAAGAGCAUCGCUACCACCGCGUCAAGGACGGCGCCGCCCACAAUAAAGCGCCAGUGACAGUCAACGUCACCGCAAUUUCCGUCGGGCAUACAUAUUCGUGCAAUCACGCGCCCGUUGAUUUUCUCUGCGGGCUUCAAUUUCAUCUCCGAAAUUCCGACUAGUUUCGUUCUAUUUGGUGAGGCCGAGAGAUGGAGGCGAUAGACUGCGGCUCAUCGGUUCUCUAGCAUCCAAUUUACUUCCGGGGCUCCUGGUUCUCGGUUAGUGAUUUUGAUGGCGGUGGAGUACAGAUGUUGCGAGACGCAGUUCUUCGUUCACAUCCUUCUGAUCGUUCUUCUGGUUGUUUUUGCCGGUUUGAUGUCUGGACUCACGCUAGGGCUCAUGUCACUGAGUCUGGUUGAUCUUGAAGUAAUUGCCAAGUCUGGAACUCCGCAAGACCGUAAACAUGCAGCAAAGAUAUUACCAGUAGUAAGAAAUCAACACUUGUUGCUAUGCACACUCCUCAUUUGCAAUGCUGCAGCCAUGGAGACACUUCCAAUAUUCCUUGACAGUCUAGUAACAGCUUGGGGUGCUAUCCUCAUAUCUGUCACAUUGAUUCUUUUGUUUGGUGAGAUCAUACCGCAGUCAGUUUGUUCGAGAUAUGGAUUGGCAAUUGGUGCUUUUACAGCCCCCAUUGUCCGCAUUCUUGUCUGGAUAUGCUUCCCAAUUGCAUAUCCUAUUAGCAAGCUGCUGGACUUCCUGCUAGGUCACGAGAAUAAAGCACUUUUCAGGCGAGCUGAAUUGAAAACGCUGGUUAAUUUGCAUGGGAAUGAGGCAGGUAAAGGUGGAGAGCUCACACACGAUGAAACAACUAUAAUUGCGGGCGCUCUUGAACUUCAUGAAAAAACAGCAAGAGAUGCCAUGACACCUAUAUCUGAAACCUUUGCAAUAGAUAUUAAUGCGACACUGGACAGGGAUAUGAUGAAUUUAAUUUUGGAGAAAGGACAUAGCAGAAUACCAGUCUACUAUGAGCAGCCCACAAACAUUAUAGGCCUUGUUCUGGUCAAAAACUUGCUGACUGUCCAUCCAGAAGACAGAGUUCCUGUGAAAAAUGUUACUAUUCGAAGGAUACCACGGGUUUUGGAAACUAUGCCAUUAGAUGACAUCUUGAAUGAGUUUCAGAAGGGUCACAGCCACAUGGCUGUUGUUGUUCGGCAAUGCGACAAGCAGACACCUCAGACUGCUACUCAAUCCCCAAGCAGUGAUGCAGUAGCUGAGGUGAAGGUAGACAUUGAUGGCGAAAAGAAUCCUUUGCAAAAGAGUCUGAAGAUGAAGCGAUCAAUGCAGAAGUGGAAGAGUUUUCCCAACAGUGGUAGUAAUUCACUCAAGGGAUCACGGAGCAAGAAAUGGAUGAAGGACAUGUACGCAGAUAUCUUGCCAAUGGACGGAAACCCUUUGCCAAAACUCCCUGAAGAAGAGGAGGUAGUCGGGAUCAUAACUAUGGAAGAUGUUAUUGAAGAACUUUUACAGGAGGAGAUUUACGAUGAGACGGAUCACCAGGUGGACGAGUCUUGAUGCUUAAAGAGUUGCUCUUUUUUUUUUGUGUACAAGUUAAGAAGUGAGAUAAGUGUGGCUAAAGUAGCACCUCUAGUGCUCCCAACCAAAGUAGCAGCAGCUGAAGAAGUGCUAGUCCCAGUGGCAGCUAAAGUAUAGCUGGCCAAGUGUAAAAAUUGAAGAAUGAGAACAAUCUUGCCUGAGGUUUUUUGGAUAUGUAAUGGAAUCAUACUUGGUUUGGUUGUCUAUGAGCAGAAACAUGAAGUGUGUUAAUAUUAAUAUGGUUUCAAAUUUACAGUUGAUGAAUUUCAAUCUGUCUCGAUAUCAAAAAUGUUAGUGAUACACUAAAAUGUGCAAAGAAUGAAUGAUGUACAAAUGG